UCAAACAAUUAUAAAUUUAUCUUAUUCCAGUUAUUGGCAAAUUAGCAAAAUCUUAUUUCUUCCGCGCAUGCGCAGUAUGGCGUCAGGCCCUCUAUUUUUCGAACAAAGUAAUGAAUAACUAGAGGCUAUAGUAGCGGGAGAAUUUUAUUAAGACCUUAGAAGUAUCAGGUGAGCAUAUGUCUAACCUUAAGAACAUAUAACACGUGUGCUAUUAAUUACUGUGUCUUAAUUAUAUUAAAACGACUCUUCGUAAAAAAUUAGUUUUGAAAAAAAUUUUUUUCUUCAAUUGUUGGUAACAAUCCAAGAAUAAUAAUGGCCACUGCUAACAGUACGAACAAUCCAACCUUAAUAACAUGGGAUAUACCACGUAUUAAUCGAUUAUUAGAUCCAAAAAAUGAUAUUAAUCAUCAAGUAUCAAUACGUCAUUCUAGCGGAUCACGUUACAAUAAAUUAACAUGGGAACUUGAAUUAUUGUUUAAUCAAUCAUCCAGUAGAUUUACUGACUGGAUUUCAUUUAGCUUAAGACUAGUAGACGCAAACAAAACAGUAAACGUUAAAUUUAAAAUAUGGAUUGUUAAUAAUAAUGGCGUUAGAGUAUUGAUGGAUAAUGCUAAUGAUGAAGUAAUUGAAUUACAUAACAAGGAGAUUUAUCCGCUUGAUCGAUUUAUUAGAAAGGAAGAUCUGUUUGCUAAUUUUGAUGAAUACGCACCUAAUGAGACUCUUACUAUUGUCAUUGAAAUAAAUGUAUUACAAUGUGUGACAAAUCACGUUUUUUUGCCAAAGCGAGAGAGAAUUAAAAGAGAAGAUAAAACAGAGCCGUCUGAUUAUUCAAAUCUUUCUAAAAAACAGUACAUCCUACGUAAAAUGUACAACGGAAAGAACUGUUAAUUGACAAUUAAUUACAAUAAUAAUAUUCAUCAUUUCAUUUCAUUAAUAUUUUUUUAUUUCUGUACUUGUAAUUUUUUUUUUCAUUCUGUUGAUGUAAUUGAUCUUUAAUUUAUUUAUUGUUUGCUAAUUAAUAUGCAAUGAUUAAUAAUAAUUAAACUAUUUUAUUAUAUCUUUUUAAUGAUGUAAUUAAUGACGUU